AUGGCCUACAGUCAGAAAUUCAAUCCCGAUGCGCUACCAGCACACAUAGAGCCUGACAAGGCCGCUGAACUAUUAGCCAAUGCGCAAACUAGGCCUCAACUACAAAGGCCUCCACCUCCCCCGAAAGCAAACUCACCCGGCGGUGGCAUGCCGCCACGCAGAACACCACCGACCGGAACCUCACCACAUCCUGCACCCCUCAACUUCGUGAGCCGACCACAUCCUGCAGAAGGCGGCGGCGCCGCGUCACGACUUCAUUCACCUCCUCCCGCAAAUUAUGGACAUGGCCCUCGUCCUAGUCCGAACGCCAUGAGCCGUCCAAAUCAACAUUCCCAGCCUUCAUUAUCACCCGGUCCUCCGCCACCAGGGCCCAUGUCGGACAACCCUCAACAAUUGCGCCCUUUAUUCUACGCCGCAAAUAUAUCCAGAACAGGCGCCUUGACAGAAUCCGAACUCGGCUCGGCAUUGGUGAAUGGCGACUACACACACUUCGACCCCAACACCGUCAAGACCAUGGUGCGCAUGUUCGACCGCAACGGCGACGGUGUAAUCCAUUUUGAUGAGUUUGUGUCUCUGUGGCGCUUUCUCGCCGCAUGGAGAGAGCUCUUUGAUCGAUUCGACGAAGACCGAAGUGGGAAGAUCAGUUUGGAGGAAUUUGAAAAGGCGCUUGUUGCGUUUGGAUACAGACUCAGUCGCACAUUCGUGCGGGUGCUGUUCACAACAUUUGAGGCGAAAGGGAGACGGCGCGCCGGCUCAAUAACGGCGGCACCGUAUCCUGGAGGUGGCGGUGGAGGAGGAAGGGGGAUGAGUUUUGAUUUGUUUGUGCAGGCGUGCAUCAGCCUGAAGAGAAUGACAGAUGUUUUCAAGCGGUAUGAUGAUGAUCGGGAUGGGUAUAUAACGCUCAGUUUUGAGGAGUUUUUGACGGAGGUUUUGAGUUUGCUGGAUUAG